AUGCGUUUUAAUGAUAGCAUUAAUUUUGAAAAUCCGGAAUCGAUUAAUAACAACAAUCUUAUUAAUGCGAGUCAUUUUAAUGAGAACCUUGUAGAUAAUCAAAAUUCUGAGAUUUUGAUGACGAAUAAUUUAACCAGACCGCGAAACGCAUUCGUUAGGAAUCGACACACGAUAUCUGAGAGGAGCCAACUAUAUCCAAUCUCUGAUCAACGUACCUUAUUAAAAAGGACGAGAACGACAAUCUCAUACCUUAUUUCGAACAACAAGUAUAAGUUACAAAAUCAUUUCAUAAAUUCGUUAGAAAACGCCAUCUUGAUUGAUUCGAAUAAUAACACCAAUUCAAGACAUCAACUUAAAAGUAUUAAGGAGAAUAAAGUCUUUGUAGAAAAAUGUCCUUUAUCCCCUCCCCUCUCUAUAUCUUUAAAUUCUCCUUUGACAAUUCAGCAUGGAAAGGUUUUAUUAGAUGAAGCUAUUAAAAAAUUUAACAGGCCAUGGGAAUUUUUACCUGACGCGGUUGUAAAAGAAAUGAAUACCAUCAAGGUGACCAAUAGAGGAAGGAUCAUUGAAAUUGAUCCUGAAUUCUGGAGUAGCGUUGUAAAAGACGCUUGCGUACAAUCAAAUUAUCCAUUUUACGUUCCAUUACCAUCAAGAUUGAAGAAUGUUGAUGAUGUUGAUGCCUUGGACCAACAAGAAGAAUUUGUAAAUGGUGAGGAUGAUAAAGUAACUUUAGACGAGAAAGAUGAAAUGUCUGAUGAGAUGGAUGAGGGAAAUCAGAAAUCUAUUAGCAAUCGAAUCAAAAAGAAGUUUAGACAAAAAAAGAAAUAUCAUCAACAAGUCAUUCAUAAAAGUCCAAAAAUCGAGGAAAUAAUAAAAGUAUAUGAAGAUGGAGAAGGAUUAAAUUAUUUUGAAAUUACCGUGUUAGAAAAAGAAUAUUCUCAUACAAAUAUUGUAAUUGGAGUUACCACGAAACCAUUUCCUUGCUACAAGCUACCAGGUCACACGGAACGUUCAAUAGGUUAUCAUUCAAAUACAGGGGAGGUUUAUCAAAAUUCAAUAUAUAAUGGAUGGGAUUAUGGACCAUCAUGGAAUAAAAUUAAUUACACCGUAGGAUGUGGAUAUAAACCGCUUACGGGCGAAAUUUAUUUUACACUUAAUGGAACAUAUUUAGGUACAUUGUUCACUGCAGAAGUUGAACAUGACAUCUUAUCUGAAAAAAGAUAUUAUUUAUUUCCUUCUAUUGGCGCUAAUGGAAAAUGUAAAGUUAGGGUUAAUUUUGGAGAAGAAGAAUUUGUUUAUAAAGAUAAUUAUGAGAAAGAUACUGAGAGAGGAUCAUCUAUUAAAUCUUAUGAUAUUGAAAGCUCAAGUAGUCGUUAUAGCGACGAUGAAAAUACAAUUCGCGUUAAACAUCCGGUAAAUGAACCAUUGGGAAGAUGGAAAGAUAUCAAUUUAGAAACCGAUGAAAAUAAGGUUUGGUGGAAUACCAUCGUAUAA